AUCUAUUUUGAAACUCUUUCUCUUGCUGUUAAAUCUCAGUUGGGAUACACAGGGAAAAUGAGAAUAACUGAGGAGCUUGGAAGGAAUUGGGGAGAACUUGGAGGAAAUUCGGAAGGAAUUGAAGAAUUUGGAGGGAAUCUGGGAAGGAAUGGGGAAGAAUUUGGAAGGAAUAAUAGAAUUUAAAGGGAAUUUGUGAAGAAAUGGGGGACAGUUUGGAAGGAGUUGGGAGGAAUUUGGAGGGAAGCAGAGUGACCAGUCAUUCCCUGGGGCUGUGUUGGAAUUUCCAUCCCUGGAGGUUCUUGAGGUGAGCCUGGAUGUGGUGCAGGAUAAUCCCACCUGGGUCCCUUUUCCAUGGAAGGUGGGACCUGGCUGCACCUGGAAUGUUCCAGGGUCAGGUGGGGUUGUGCUGCAUCCAUCCCUCCCUGGGGACUUCCAGGUGCCAUCCCUGGUGUCUUUGCCCCCGUGUGAUUUAUGAGGAUGUUUUCUGUGGUCUCAGCUCUGAACCUGCUGGGUGACUCCAGGCAGCCUGAAGCAAAGGUCACCCUCAGGGCAGGAUUUUGGGUAUUCUCCUGGAGCUUCCUGCUCUCCUGGGAGAGGGUGGCCACUCCCUUGUUGGAUAUUUGGUGGAAGCAAACCCUGUUUGCAGAGAGGGACAGGCCAUAAAUCACCCCAGGGCUGGAAAACCCUGUCUGUCUUCAAUCAAGGAAGUGCUGAGGGGAAAAGUCAUCAGGGGCCAUCGAGUCAAAUCAUCCCCAAGGCCACCAUGGACUGUGCCCCCAAGUGCCACAACCACAGGGAUGUUGAAUCCCUCCAACCAUGAGGACUUCCCCAUUCUGGGGAAGGAAUUUUCCCAAAAUCUACCCUGAACCUCCCCUGGCACAGCUUGAAGCCGUUCCCUCUUGCCCUGUCCCUGUUCCAUGGAAGAAGAACCUGACCCUUACCUGCUUCAGACCUUUGAUCCCCACCGUGCUCUGGACCACUCACAGCCAUGUGUCACCACUGUCACCCCCCUGGCAAACCCCAAACCCUGUGCCUGAAGGUGACCGCCACACCCAUCCCCACCGACCUGGGGACCCGAGCGGGCUGGGCUGGGCUCCUGGCCAGAUUCAUCCCACCUGGAAUGUCCCUCUGUCCCAGCCCCCGUGGCAGCUCCCAUAAAAGCUCUCCUGGCUGGGUGGGAAGCAGGACCAGGAUCCGGGAGCUGGGAUGGGGCCGUGCCGAGCGCUGCUGCUGCUGCUGCUGCUGGGUUUGGGGCUGGCUGGAGCCUCCACACCGGGGCCACACGGAUCCACAGCAGCACAGGAUGGACGGGAAGGAACCUCGCUGCCCUCACCGGGGUCCCUGAGCUAUGGGGACGUGGUGGCAGCGGCCGUGGGGCUGCUCAACGCCAGGGCUGUCAGUCCCUACGUCCUGCGGCUCCGGGAGGCUCAGCCCCGGCCCGGCUGGCCCUCAGACCUGCAGGGCCGGCAGGAGCUGAGCUUCACCGUGGAGGAAACCACGUGCAGGACACCAGGAAUGGCCAAUGGCACCUGCAGGAGCCGCUGGCUCGGGGCGGUGACCUGGUGCCAGGGCUCUGUUUUCCUGGAGGGGCAGCAGCCCACGGUGGAGCUCUCCUGUGAGAAAGCUCCAGCCACGUUUGGCCGGAUCUGGAGAUCCAAGAUCAAAGAUUUCUUUGGCAAGGUCAAGCUGCGUUUCCAAUCCUUCUUCCAGUGCGGCCGGAUUUGGAUCCGGGACAGGCUCAACCUCAAGGCACCCAAACCCUGAGGGGAGACUCUGCUGUGUCCCCACCCUGUGUCCCCACCCUGUGUCCCCUCCCUUUGUCCACUACCCAGGUGUUUCACUGCCAGUAAAGGUCCC